AUGGUCUUCUUUGUCAGAUCGACGACCUGAGGAUGAAGGUUCAGGAUCUGAAGGGGAAGUUUAAGAAGCCGGCCCUGAAGAGGGUGCGGAUGUCGGCCGAUGACAUGCUGGCCGCUCUGCUUGGCUCCAAACACAAAGUGUCCAUGGACCUGAGAGCCAACCUGAAGCAGGUCAAGAAGGAGGUGAAAGAGGAGGAGAAGCAAACAGGAGAUUGGAGGAAGAACAUCGAAGACAAGGCCGGGAUGGGCGGCAGGAAGAAAAUGUUCGAAGGAGAGGUUUAA